AUGUUGCAAGGAAGAAGACCCACCACCAGGGCACAAACCAGAGCAGAACCAACACAGACAGCAACACCACCAACAUUAUCCCAACAAGGAAGGACAGCAGCACCACCUCCCUUUCCCCAACCAGACGUAACCCGACUCCACACCAGAGAACAAGCGGACACUUUCUACGAAGCCAGAACAUGUUGGCUACAGUAUUACGCAGAAAGCCACACACAGCUAAUACCCACAUCACAACACGAUCCUCUAGUAGUCAUAGAAGACAUCUACAACAAAAACAACUUUGUAGAAUAUGCGGCGCAAGGUGAACCAAUACCACCUCCCACACCACAGAUACUUCCCACAGCACCCAAUCCAUCUCCACUUCCACUGACACUCACCAUGUCUAACACUACAGCAUCCAAACCCACUAAGUUCGGACAAAUAGACAAUUUUGAUGGAAUGCCCGACAGAGCAAACAGAUGGAUGUUAUCAGCCAAAGCAUAUUUUGAUGUAAACAACGCCAUCUAUGACUCAGACAAAAAAAAGGUCUUUGAAGCACUUUCCCACAUGAAAGAAGAAGCAGCCCUAGCAUGGAAAGAAACCAAAUUAACGGAAUACACAGGAUCAGGCAAAUACCCAAAAUGGGCGGACUUUGAAACCAACUUUAAUGGGACAUUCAUGCGGAUGUAA